ACCAGUAUUGAGCUAACAGAUUGUUUAAAUUGCUUGUAACCACUUUGAGAUUCAGAAUCCCUUUUUGAUUAUCACAAACUAUAGUGUUGUCCUUUCAGUUCUUUGUUUGAACAAUUCUUACUUCUGUAACAAAAAUAAAUAUGCAUACAAGUUUAUUAACCGUUUUACCUUUUCGGUUUUCCAAUGCAAUUCUAAAUCCAUAUGAUUCUGAUUUAGCUAUAGAAACACCUCAAAUGGAAGCUCAGUUCUUUCAGUUUUUGAAGAUAGUUGGAGUUGGUUUCAAAGCAAGAGCUGAAUUCCAAGGGCGGCUUUUGUUUCUAAAAUUUGGUUACAGUCAUGAGGUUCAAUUGACCAUUCCUCCUGUUGUUAAAGUAUUUUGUUCCAAACCAAAUAUUGUGUGCUGCACUGGAAUAGACAACCAAAGGGUGCACCAGUUUGCUGCUGGUGUUCGUAGCUGUAAGCCCCCUGAAGUUUAUAAAGGCAAAGGUAUCAUGUAUGUUGACCAAGUCAAAAAGAAGAAAUAA